UGCAAUAAAGUUGAGCUAAUCUUUGUGAUUAGCAUAUAAGCAAAUGCAUAUGGUAGCUUUAGCUCUGAACAAACAGUCGAAGCCAUGAUCUUGAUCAGCAUUUUUGUGUGUUUUUGCCUAGCGGCAGCUGUGAAUUAUUUUCGCACACGACGGCAGCGUAAAUUCAUUAAAAAUCUGAAAGGACCUUUCAGUUUUCCGCUGCUGGGAUCGUUGCAUAAAAUUCUGCUGCUUACACCACAAAAUUUCUUUAAAAACAGCGCCGCUUAUUUGGCUAAAUAUGGAAACUUGACGCGCUGCUGGGCGUUCCAUAGACUGUUUAUAUUCGUAGCUGAUCUGGAGUUUGCAGCGCAUUUGCUGCACAGCGAGUCGCAUGUGCAGACGGGUGCGGAGCUGAUGAGCGAUUGGUUCAAUGAGAGUUCGCUUAUGUGUGCGGCCGAGCAGUGGCCACAACGUCACGCGCAAUUGAUUGAAAUCUUUAGGCCCGAACGCGUGUUGCAGCAGCGCAAAUUGUGGCAACAACAGCAGUCGCUGUUGCAGGCAAAGUUUCUGGAGCAGGCGGCAAGCAGAGAAGCGUUCGAUGUGCAGCCUUUGGUCUCCAGCCAUGUGCUCGACAUUGUGUUGCUCAGCAAUUGUGGCAUGCAGCCGAGCGAGCAAUAUAAGCAAAGCUUUUUAGACUUAACAAAGCUGUACCGCAAACGUUUUCUCAGCAUUAAGUCUGCAAAUCGCUUAACUUUUCGCUUGACCUCGCCCUUUGUGCAUCGCAGACAACAGCGACUGAUUAAGCGACUGAACAAGGACAAUCGUCUAAUGAUAGAUGAGCUCAGGCAGCAGCUGGAUCUGAUGAGCUCAGGCAUUGUCAUCGAACGCUUUGAGCUGGCCAAGAAACUGGAGCAUGGCUCGUUGCUGCAGCUGCUGCUCACAGGCGCAGAGCAGCAGCUGAGCGAAGCGCAGCUCUUGGCCGAGUUGAACGCUUGCAACUAUUUGGCUUAUAUGUUAAUAAGCACAACGCUGUGCUUUGCUCUGGUGCAGAUAGCGCGACAUCCUGGCGUGCAGCAGCGUUGCCUGGAGGAGCUGCGUGCGCAGUCAGAGGAGCAGCAGCUGAGCGAGCUGCCCUACCUGGAUGCGGUGCUAAAGGAAACGCUGCGUUUGCAGCCAGCGCAGCUUUGGCUGGCGCGACAGCUCACUGAGGAUUAUGACUACACGCACUCCCAGCUGGGUGCGGGCAGUUUGCCGCUGGGUGCUGAGAUCUAUAUGAAUCUGUUUGCGUUGCAGCGCAGCAGCGACGACUACGGCGCGCUGCCAACGAAGUUUGAGCCCACGCGUUUUUUAGCUGCGCAUCCAGUGGAGCUGCUGAGCUUUGGCCUGGGGCCGCGUCGCUGUCCAGCUCAAGACUACAGCUUGCUGCUGCUCAAGACGCUGCUGGCGCCGCUGCUGCGACAGUUUGAGCUGCUGCCCAAUGGCGAGCCGCUGCGUCUGGAUUUGCAUUUAACGCUGGGCUCAAAGAAUGGAUUUCAAUUGGCGCUUAAACAGCGCGAAGCAAUAAACUAGUUAAUUUUUGAUAAUAAAU